CAUUUUUUGGCAUGAUAUUUUGUUCUUACUUUUUUCUUUUCUAUGUUUGUAAACUGAAUCAGCUUAAAAUUGGUGUCAUAUAGGAAAUUUUAUUUCAACUUGAGAAUUUAAAAUGAUUUUUUUGCUUUAGAUAAUAGAUAAUAUCCGUAAUGAACUACAAUGCAAACGCGGGCCCCCGUACAGGCGGACUGGGGCGCAAAAUUAAAAGAGUAAGCGAUGUUAACGCUAUGGGGUACAAUCCGUAUAACGCUGCGCUUAAUUCGAAUGUCCAGCAAAAUAUAUAUCCCAAUAUAACUGCUGAUACAACUGCCAAUUUUCAACAAGGUUAUCAAACACCCUCCUCUUAUGUGGACGAACCCUAUGCGCAACUCAAUGUCUCUAGGGGACCUACGUCCCCUGUUUAUGGAGGUCAAACUCCUUCAUCACCCCAGGCCCCCUUUCAGAAUGUACCGAGUAAUUUGGUUGGGUUAGGACAACCUGUCAUGCAAGACCUGGCAAUGCAGUAUGGACAACAACUAGCAGGAGCUGGAAAAACAAUUAUUAAACAGGAGAUGGAGAAGUAUGUUCCUGUUACAAAAUUAAAGUACUAUUUUGCAGUAGAUACAAAAUAUGUUGUCAUGAAAUUGAUGUUGUUAUUCUUCCCUUUUACACAGUCGAACUGGUCCAUGAAGAAUGAACAAGAAGGGGCUAUACAGCCACGUUUUGAAAUAAAUGCCCCAGACUUAUACAUACCCUUGAUGGCUUACAUAACCUAUGUCUUGGUGGCUGGUUUGGUACUGGGUACUCAAAACCGAUUCACACCUGAACAAAUUGGGGUAACAGCUUCUUCUGCACUGGCCUGGUGGGUCGUCGAGUUGGCAAUUUACUUGUGUACCUUGUACAUAAUGCAAAUCAACACAAGCCUUAAAACACUGGAUCUUCUGGCUUACUCGGGAUAUAAGUUUGUAGGCACCACCGUCAGCAUUUUGAUUAGUGUGGUAACCGGAAAAACUGGUUAUUAUGUCACAUUAAGUUAUGUCAAUCUGGCAUUAGCUUUCUUCCUUGUUGGUAAUCUAAAGGUGACCUUGCUCCCUUCCCAAGGUUCGAAGAAUGAACAACACUACUACAGCCCAGGUAAUGCUGCAGGCCACAAACGGAGGUUGUAUUUCAUGUUCUUUGUGGCUGUGAUGCAGCCAUUGCUCUCUUGGUGGCUGUCAUACCAUUUGGUGCAGACUGGAGAAGGUUCUAAUAAUAGAGUUACUGUCUGAUUUAUAAGUAUAUAUAUACAUAUAUGACUUAAUUUAAUAAAGGAAUAUUUUUGCA